GAAGACGAUCUCUAAUCUCCGACAAUGGAACCAGAAGUAAUCAAAGACAAAGGCUCGAUGAGAAAAUGGUCUCGAGCCAUGAGAUCACAAGGCAAGACCAUUGGUUUAGUACCCACAAUGGGUUACCUCCACGAAGGUCACUUAUCUCUAGUUCGUCAAUCCUUAACCCUCACUGACGUCACCGUCGUCUCAAUCUACGUCAAUCCAGGCCAAUUCUCUCCCACUGAAGACCUCUCCACAUACCCAUCUGAUUUCUCCGGCGAUCUCGUUAAGCUCGCGGCUAUUUCCGGUGGUAAAGUCGUCGUCUUUAACCCCAAAAACCUCUAUGACUACGGUGGUGAGACGAAGAAGAUAAAUGACGGUGGUGGUGGUGGUGGGAGGGUUGUGAGUUGUGUAGAGGAAGGUGGGUUAGGGCAUGAGACUUGGAUUAGGGUUGAGAGAUUGGAGAAAGGUUUGUGUGGGAAGAGUAGGCCUGUGUUCUUUAGAGGUGUUGCCACUAUUGUUACUAAGCUUUUUAAUAUUGUUGAGCCUGAUGUUGCUGUGUUUGGUAAAAAAGAUUAUCAACAAUGGCGGAUUAUUCAGAGAAUGGUUCGAGAUCUUGAUUUUGGGAUUGAGAUUGUAGGAUCAGAUAUAGCUAGAGAAAAAGAUGGACUUGCGAUGAGUUCGAGAAAUGUGCGUCUUUCAGAUGAAGAAAGGCAAAGGGCAUUGUCUAUAAGUAGGUCAUUGGCCAUGGCUAAAGCUUCUGUAGCAGAAGGGAAAACUAGUUGUGCAGAGCUUAAGGAUAUGAUCAUUAAACAAAUUGUUGGAUCUGCAGGACGAGUAGAUUAUGUCGAGAUUGUUGACCAAGAAACUCUUGAAGGAGUGGAAGAGAUAAAGAGUGGAGUAGUGAUUUGUGUUGCUGCUUGGUUUGGAACGGUCAGGCUCAUAGACAACAUUGAGAUCGAUCUACGGAUGCACAAUGUUCACUUUAGUCAAACAAACUGCUUCUCCACGACUCCUCGUGUGAAAUUUUCCCAAAGGAAGACUUUUGGGAGUUGCAAGAUCAUAUCGAGGGAUACUUCCUUGAAUCUUGGAUCGUCUAUUUCUCGGGGAGAGUCUACUUGUAAGUGUACUUGUUUGGCAUCUCUAGCGGAUUUUGAUGGUGUUGCUGGUUCUGGUUGGGUUCCUAUUGGUGACCAAGUUCUUCUGACGGCUAGUAUAUUUCUUACCUAUAUGGCUGGAGUGAUUCCUGUUCAAAAAAACUCUAGUUACUCUUCGAGAAAGAGUACCAUCGUGGAGGAGGAUCCAGAUGUUGGAACUUCAGAAUCUUCUGGUAGGGAGACAGAUUUUGAGGGUGAUUUGAAGUCUAUAUGGGAUGUAGUGAAAGUAAAGCUUUUAGAUUCUUUAGACGCCAUCAAGCGUGAGAGUACACUUGGAAGCAAAGUUCUCAAACCCAAACCUCCCCAAGGGAAGCCCCCAUUGAGUUUGUAUGCGAUAUCUGAGGGGCCUCAGUUGUACUUGCUCUGGUCAUGUUUUCAGAAACUUGAAGAAGAGACAAAUAACAUCUCUGACACAAUCAAUUCAGAAAAGUGGAUGGUUAGUUUUACUCAAAUUGUUCGGAGAGCUUAUCAAGCAGCAUGCACGGCUUGGCUAAAAAGGGAACUAUCUGUGGGAAACACUGAUUCUGAGGCGAUUACUCCUUUGCUGAUCAGAAUGCUAAAUGAAAAGGACGCUAUUUUUGACAAAAUAAGAAAAUCAGGCAAGGAGGAUCUGUUUGCAGAAUUUUUAUAUUUCCAUAGAUUUGGAUCUCCUGCGAAAGCUUUCUGCUACGAUGUUAGCUUCUUUCGUACUCACGGAGUUGCCAUUUUGGAAGACUUCAUUAUAACAUUGGCGGAUGGGGUCGCUAGCAUCUAUCUAGAGCUCAUUUCUGUAGAUAGCAAAUUUUCAAAUGAAAUGAAUAGUGGAGGAUUAGGUAUCUGUAGCCUUUCUAGUCGAGCACUCCAAAAACUACGUAACGAGGUAGCUCUAUACCAGUGGUUGCAUCAGAAUAUGGAAGCAGUUGUAUCGAUGUAUGAGGAUCGCUUUGACCUCUACAUUCUUCAAACCCAGGUUAUCAACAACCUUGAUGGUAGUGACGAUACAGAAAGCCUUAGUUGGUGGAGAAAUUUCAAACUGGGGAAAACUAAAGCUGCCUCAUCAUCACCCUUGCGAUACUCCAUAAUCAGCGAUUUUUCAUUGCCCGUUAAACGAACCAAGGAGCUUAAAGCUCUAUCGGGAUGGAGGUACUACUUUAGUCUGUUUCUGGAGUUAUCAGACAUCGGAAUGCCAAUUAUCAGAGUGGUGUUGGAUAAAGUGAGUAGCGUCAUAUCCUUCUUUCUCGUUACCUUGAUCGGUAGAUCAGUCGGACUCAUCUUCACCGGCAUUAGACAGUCUCUCCGUUGGAAGUGAAAUCUCAUAUAACCGUGAUGGUAAUUUUUUUGCGUCGACCUCAUUAUUGGUGUUCUUUUGAUUUUUUUUUUUUUUUUGAUUAUUCUGGUAUGGUAAGUGAUAAAUUGGUGAAAUAUGA